GGGGCCGUGUCCGCCCAUCUGUCCGUGUCCGUCCGUCCGUGCGAGCGGUGCGCCCGGAGCGGUGCGGCCCCGCGGGAGCGAUGGCGGCCGGCGGGUACGGGCGGUACCGGGCCGCGAUCUUCGCGGCCAUGUUCGUGGGCUACACGCUCUACUACUUCAACCGCAAAACGUUCUCGUUCGUCAUGCCCGCCGUGAUGGCCGAGGUGCCGCUGGGGAAGGACGAGCUGGGUCUCAUCACCAGCAGCCAGUCGGCGGCCUACGCCAUCAGCAAGUUCAUCAGCGGCGUCCUGUCGGACCAGAUGAGCGCCCGCUGGCUCUUCUCCUCCGGCCUCCUCAUGGUGGGCUUGGUCAACGUGGUCUUCUCCUGGAGCUCCACCGUCACGGCCUUCGCCGGGCUCUGGUUCCUCAACGGGCUGGCCCAGGGGCUGGGCUGGCCGCCCUGCGGGAAGAUCCUGCGCAAGUGGUUUGAGCCUUCCCAGUUUGGGACUUGGUGGGCAAUCCUGUCUACAAGCAUGAACUUGGCUGGAGGCUUAGGCCCCAUUGUCGCUGCUCUUGUGUCUAUGAACUACGACUGGCGCAAGACUUUGUCCUUCUCUGGCUUCACCUGCAUGGUUGUCUCUUUUGUUUGCCUUGUCCUGAUUAAAAACGAGCCGGCAGAUGUUGGGCUGCCCAACAUUGAGCAAGGAGCCAAGAAAGGGAAGAAAGGUUCCUCCAGUGACAACAGCACCUUGACAGAGCUGCUGCUCUCCCCAUACCUCUGGGUGCUCUCAACAGGCUACCUGGUCGUCUUUGGAGUGAAAACAUGCUGUACUGACUGGGGACAGCUCUUCCUGAUCCAGGAGAGGGGACAGUCCAUGCUUGUAGGCAGUUCCUACAUGAGUGCCUUGGAGAUUGGGGGCCUGGUGGGAAGCAUUGCUGCUGGAUACCUUUCUGACAGAGCAGUAGCAAAAGUCGGGCUGUUGAGCUACGGGAACCCGCGGCACGCGCUGCUGCUCUCCAUGAUGGCCGGGAUGUGCGUGUCCAUGUUCCUGUUCCGGAUCACAGUCACGGGUGACUCUCCCAAGGAAAACCACUUCUGGACUGUAGCCUUGCAACCUCUAGCUGAUCUUACAGGCCUAAAAGAACAUGAGCUGUGGAUUCUGACUCUGGGAGCUGUGUUUGGGUUCUCCUCGUAUGGGCCGAUUGCCCUGUUUGGGGUCAUAGCCAACGAAAGCGCCCCUGCCAACCUGUGUGGCACCUCCCACGCCAUAGUGGCCCUCAUGGCCAAUGUUGGGGGUUUCCUGGCUGGACUGCCUUUCAGUACAAUUGCCAAGCACUACAGCUGGGCCACAGCCUUCUGGGUGGCUGAAGUCACCUGCAUCAUUAGCACAGUGGCUUUCUUCUUGCUACGAAACAUCCGCACCAAGAUGGGCCGCAUUCCCAAGAAGGCUGACUGAGGACAGGCUGCUUGGUGGAAAGGAUGUUCCCACGCUGACGUGAAUGAUGCUCGUUUUUGUUUAACUGGCCUAGGAGUGAGUUUACCUAUUGCUGCAACCUAGAUAAAAAUGUCUCAACUUCUCAUCCAGUGUCAGGUGCCAGAGGGCACAAGGUUCCUGCUACUGAUCACUUUUUCCCUCAAGAUGUGAUAAUUCACCUAGUUUACAUUUGCAAUGAUUUUACUGUACCUCUUCCUCACAGCACUGUUAGUGAAGCAAGCAGGCUCUGCAGCCCAAGCUUCCCCACUACAAGUGGUCUGAAAUGCCUGGCUUCAGGUACACUUACCUCUAGUUUUGUCAUUAUUGUUUGUCUCAGCCAUUAGCUGAGACAUUAAUCAGUUCAGCUUGGCUGCUCAGGGGCCCUGAACCGAGCCUUUUCUCCUGUCCAUCCCAUCCAGCUGCCCUCAGCACAGCUGUCCCAGGUCACCUCAGCACGAGCUCUGUGUGUGCUCAGCCACGUAACCAGGGAAUGGGGACUGCAGGGCAGCCUUGGACAGCAGCAGGGCUGCAGCUGUGACAGCAGGGCAGCCUUGGACAGCAGGGCUGCAGCUCUGACUGCAGGGCAGUCUUGGACAGCAGCAGGCUGUAGCUCUACAUGGGGUUAGUUUCCAGGAGUGAAGGAGGGACAAGGCUGUGGAUGAGCUGUAGCAGGGCUCUCCACAGCAUUUAGAGACAGGCACGUUUCCAGGGAAUUCACAGCGUUCAGAGGAGCUCCUUGGAGGUGAACUGAUCCCCUCAGCGUGAUGUCUGUGUGCAGUGUUAAUGAUUUGCAAGGCAGGCAGCUGCUGCCAAGGCACCUCGUAGCCAGUGCUCUGCAAAUCAGCCAGGAGAACUAUCCCAGCAGCAGGAAUUGCAACAGCAGCCACCACCAACCCACGAUUUCUGCAGCUGGGUUUCUUGAUAACCCACAUUUCUGGUACUGGCUUGUACUUUUUCAGUACAGGGUGUGAAGACUGGGAUAGCUUUGGUCAAGAGCUGUGUCUCUCAUGGCUGCAGGCAGGGGCUUGGAUUGCCACUGAGUCAGCCUCAGGCACAGCACCCUGCAGUAAGUACACUCAGGUAUUUAACCAGGAAUUUGUUGAAUAGUCUUAUUUUUCCCCAAAAGGAUUUACUGUCUUAGGAUCCUGAAAAAGGCAAGUUCAGCUCGUAAAGAACCUGCACGCAGGUACUUUGCUGAGUACCUUGGUUGCAAGAGUAGUUAGCUAGCCUUAAUUAAGUAAAUGAAAGUGAAUUACAUUUUGUACUUAAUUACACAAUCUUCUUCUAUAUCUGAAAUAAAAAUGGAGCAGUGUCACAAGG